GAAAUUUAAAGAUGACGACAUAUGUGAUUCUAUACAAUGUCUCAAGUGUUCAAAGAAAAAAAACAACCUCUCACAUCUAAAAGGGAGAAAAGGAAAGAGAUAGGAAAAGAGGAAGAUAAUAGUAUAAAGUUUAUUAACACAUGCAAGGAACUAAAUGGAAGUAAAAGGCAGUUGAACAAAAAAUUAGGUGAACUUAGUUGGCCCCAAUUCCCCUUUUACUCUUACUUCUUCUUUAGAAUCGAACCUUACGCACCUAUACAUAUAGUGAGGAAGAAAAAGACUUAUAGUACAAGAUGGAAAGACAAGACAUAAUUCCUCAUACGUUAAGCCUAGAUGUCGAAAACAACAACAACACCUUCUCUUCUUUUGUUGAUGAAACCCUAAUGAUGAUGCCUCCGUUAGCACUUCCUCGCCAAGUAGAGCCUUCUUCAUCUUCUUGGUGUCCAACGAGUUUUCAUAUGCCUACGCAUCCCCCUGAGAAUGAUCAAAUCGGAGAUCAGGGGAAGAAGAAAGAUAAGAGAUCGAGGAAAGUUCCAAGGAUUGAGUUUCAUACGAGGAGUGAUGAUGAUGUUCUUGAUGAUGGUUAUCGUUGGAGAAAGUAUGGCCAAAAAUCUGUCAAGAACAAUGGCCAUCCAAGGAGCUAUUACAGAUGUACGUACCACACAUGCAACGUGAAGAAACAAGUGCAAAGAUUAGCAAAAGAUCCGAAAAUCAUCGUAACGACUUAUGAAGGCAUUCAUAACCAUCCUUGUGAGAAACUCAUGGAGACUCUUAAUCCUCUCCUCAGACAGCUCCAGUUCCUCUCCAGUUUUUCUAAUCUUUGAGUAAUUAUGUCAAUUUAAUACUUCUGUUGUAAUUAAUGUAAAGCUGAUUAUGGUUCUAGUCAAACCCGCUACCCAACAUCUCCCGGAGAGAAAAGGGUAUAGAACAAAACAAAAAUGUAACAGUUAUGAUUGAUUGUUUUGUUCAGAUC